AUGUCGUUAGUCAGACAUCGCGGUGGUCCAGUCGAUGAGGUGGUUGAACAUAUAUGUCAUGAGAGGGGGAUGAAGGAGACUGGGGGACAAGUACUACUACGAUGGGCUCAGCAGAUCACAGAAGGGAUAGUCAUCACUACGACGAAUAAACCUGAUCGAAUGGUCGAACAAAUCCUACCGUUCCUAGAAGUUAUUUCGGAUAAUCGAUUAUCCCAAAAACAUCUCGAUGAGAUUAGUGCAGCAGGAGCCGAGCGACCUUUCAGAUUCUGGGGAACCAAUUGGCCAUAUUUUAUGCAAGGUGAAGGAGGUAUACAGGCUUGUCCUGAGGAUGCUACGCAUAGAAAUAAACCGGGUAUCAAUGGUGGAAGGGGAUGGUAA